AAGAAUUCAAAAGAAAUUCAUGAAACAAAAGCGCACAACUAUAGCGAGAGAGAUUUUUGGGUGGUCCGGAAAAAAGGUGAAAUAGUCCUCAUAGAACAGGAUUUGCUCCCACGGAGCGCCUGGUCAUAUGGAAAGGUAAUCGAUCUCAACCUUAGCAAUGAUGGCCUUGUGAGGUCAGCGAAAGUGCUAACACCAAACGGCAACGUUUUACAAAGACCUCUAAAUAAAUUAUAUCCACUGGAAAUACGUGCAGUCGACAAGGACGCGACAGAAGCACCAAAAGAAUGUACUCCGCGCGAACUAGGGCAAUUACGCACUGUUAUAAAUGAAUUUGAAGAUAGCUUACAAGAGCCAAAUUCUUCACAAUUUACAUUAAGGGUCGAGCCGAUUCAAGAGUCGCUCAAUAACCAAACGUCACGCUCGCGGCAACAGAAAAGUACGUUCCCGUCACUAACAAGUGGUAAUCUGAAAAUGGGACUUACAAUCCUAGCAAUUCUAGCUUUAGCAGUGCCAUCCUAUGCAAAUUAUCCAAGUUGCCAUAAUGGUAUAGUGGAAAUUGCUGGGAAAACGCACCCAUACGAGCUAUGCUUCAACGAAGAUUGUCGCAAGUUUGUAGGCGAUGGCAUAGCUAUGACUUAUGAGCUGCCUAUCUCGCCGCUUCAUAAUGCAACCAACGUUACCGUCAACUACAUCAACAAUGAAGGGCCAAUGGUCUUUACAACUAUUUGCGCAAACCCUGAGUUUUGCUCAAAAUCAAAUUCACUAUUCAGUCCAUCAUUAUUAGGCAAUCCCCACUGCUGGCCGGUGGGUGCUAUUGUAAGUGUAGCAUUGAUUGCGUAUUUCAUGAUGGUAAUCAUGAUAAUACCAAUCUGGUUUAUCGUAUCUCUGUUUAGGUCCAGGGAUAGCCAGCCUUCAACUAACAUUCAAAUCAAUUGUAACAAUACCACUCAUGCUGAAAAUAUUAAUCUUCAUUCCUGGAACCCAGCGCCUCUGAGCGGUGGUCUGCUUAUCACAUUGUGCAUAACUUUAGCGGCCAUUUGUAAAGGUGCAGCAGCCUGCCAACAUGGCUUUACAAGGCAUGCGACUGAUAUCAUCUGUAACCAGGAUGGAAUUUGCAGCUACGAGUUCAGCAGGGAGUUUCUAUUCAAUAGAAUACAAACUGUGCACUGUAUAGAGAUCCGUUCACAAAAUAAAACAGUUGGUUUUCUGAAAAUGAGAAACACUGCAGUAAUCCUGACA